UUAAAUUGAUGGGUUCUUCUACUGCUUUUCCCACAUUAGUUCCCAUGACAAUGUUCAUUAUUGUUUUCCUUGCAUUAUGUCUCAUCCCUCAUCCUGCACAAGCCAUCACUAGACACUAUGAGUUCAAUAUUACAAUGCAAAAUGUGACAAGAUUGUGCCAUACAAAGAGCAUAGUGACAGUCAAUGGAAAGUUUCCUGGGCCUCGUAUUGUGACAAGGGAGGGUGACCGUCUACUUAUAAAAGUCACCAAUCAUGUUCCUAACAAUAUUACCCUUCAUUGGCAUGGAGUUAGACAACUUCGUAAUGGAUGGGCAGAUGGGCCUGCAUAUAUUACACAAUGUCCCAUUCAAACUGGCCAAACUUAUGUAUACAAUUACACAAUUAUUGGCCAAAGAGGGACUUUGUGGUGGCAUGCACAUAUUUCAUGGCUAAGAUCUACUCUUUAUGGUCCUCUAAUUAUCCUUCCUAAGAAAAAUGUCUCUUACCCUUUUGUCAAACCAUACAAGGAAGUCCCUAUCAUCUUUGGAGAAUGGUUCAAUACUGAUCCUGAGGCCAUUAUUAGCCAAGCAAUACAAAGUGGUGGAGGCCCAAAUGUCUCUGAUGCCUACACCAUCAAUGGCCUUCCAGGGCUCUUGUACAAUUGCUCUGCAAAAGAUACAUUCAAGCUAAAAGUCAAGCCAAGGAAAACAUACCUUCUAAGAAUAAUCAAUGCUGCACUCAAUGAUGAACUUUUCUUCAGCAUUGCAAAUCAUACACUCACAGUAGUUGAAACUGAUGCAUUAUAUGUUAAACCAUUUGACACUGAAACAGUACUUAUAACACCGGGACAAACAACAAAUGUACUUUUGAAAACCAAAUCAGAAUACCCUGAUGCCACUUUUCUCAUGUCUGCUAGACCUUAUGUCACUGGCCAAGGCACAUUUGACAACUCUACUGUUGCUGGAAUUCUCGAAUACGAAUCCCCAACACUUCAUUCGACUAAAUUAACGAAGAAAAUUCCCCUGUUUAAGCCUAUUUUACCUCCCCUAAAUGAUACUUCUUUUGCUACCAAUUUCAGUAAAAGGCUUCGAAGUUUGGCUAAUUCCCAAUUUCCUGUUAACGUUCCGCAAACCGUUGACAAACGUUUUUUUUUCACAGUUGGCCUUGGCACGAACCCUUGUGAAAAAAAUCAAACUUGUCAAGGUCCUAACGGGACCAAAUUUGCAGCGUCGAUAAAUAAUGUGUCAUUUGUACAGCCUACAACUGCUCUGCUUCAAUCUCAUUUCUUUGGACAAUCAAAGGGUAUUUAUAGCCCUUAUUUUCCUGUGAAUCCAUUGAAUUGGUUCAAUUAUACUGGGAAUCCUCCAAAUAACACAAUGGUUGAUAAUGGUACUAAAGUUUUGGUACUUCCUUUUAAUACAAGUGUUGAGCUAAUCAUGCAAGAUACAAGUAUUCUUGGUGCUGAAAGUCAUCCACUUCAUCUUCAUGGCUUCAAUUUCUUUGUUGUUGGCCAAGGUUUUGGUAAUUUUGACCCUACUAAGGAUCCUGCUAAAUUCAAUCUUAUUGAUCCUGUUGAGAGGAACACUAUAGGUGUGCCAUCUGGCGGAUGGGUUGCUAUUCGAUUUUUAGCGGAUAAUCCAGGUGUUUGGUUCAUGCAUUGUCACUUGGAAGUGCAUACAAGUUGGGGAUUGAGGAUGGCAUGGCUUGUUUUAGAUGGAAAGCUUCCCAAUCAAAAACUCCUACCUCCUCCAUCUGAUCUUCCUCAGUGCUGAUUUCUUCAUUUUCAAACAUUUGCGCUUUCAUUUCUUUGUCUUGAUUUUUUUUUAAUGUAUUUUGGGUGUGUGUUUGUUUAACAUUCAUUUUUGUUGUAACUGACUGACCUUUUCAUGUCAUGGUCUAAGAUGAGGGUGAAGAGUUGACUGCCUUUUGUAAUUUUUGAGCCACUGAUAUAUUCGAUAUGCAAGUGAGAAUAAAUGGUU